UCGUAAUUUACAACACGUUUUACCAUAUAUAAGAUUUUUUUCUUUUGCGUUUUACGUCUAGAUUCAAUUAAGCAUCUAGUUGUUUUGGCUGCCACGGUGCUUUGAGAUUUUAUAAAACCAAUAAAUGUUCAUGGGUUUGAACAAGAUUGAAAAUUGUUGCCGAAUUGAAUAAAAAAAUCAUCGUGAUCAUUGGCUGAGAACGAAAAUUCGAAGAGUUAAAUGGUACACGAUCCGACACAUUAUAUCAUAGCCGAGCGCAUCAAAAGGCAAUGAAGCAAAAUCAAAGUAGUACUUAGUGUUUCUUUAAAAUAAAAGGAAGCAAUCAACUGCAAUCAUAUGUAAGCCUCAACGGAAUAAAACGAAAAAAAAAUCGAACAAAACCGCCCCCUUCGAAAACGAACAAAACCCACAAACGAAUACGAACAAUAUACGAAUGGAUAAUUUAGAUAUAAGUGAUUCGCUGUCUUCAUCGUUUCCGUGGUUGCCGUAUGGAGCAUCGCAAUUUGACUAUCAGAAUGGUGAUCUAAGCUAUUUUUCACAGCGCAGUGCCAUGCUGGAACCAAUCAUCGAAGAAACAUCGGAUGAUGAUGAUGUGAGCUGCGGUCAUGUUUGGACACACAAUGAAAACCAAUGGAGUUCUGAAUCGGAUGCCGGUUCAGUGAUCCGUGUCGAACUCAUUCAAGAAGCCGAUACCAUUUCGGAAAGGGAUUUUGCGUGUCCACCAAAGCGUCGAAAGCAAGAAGAAAACGAUGAAGACACUCUGCUGAAAAAGUCCACAUCGUUGAAUGAUGACUACAAAUACCGAAUCGAUCUCCUCGAACCAACAAAUGCCGAUGCAUUUACAAAACGAUUUUGCAUAGAUCCGGUGAAUUUUGAUCGAUUCUCAGACCCGGAUAGUUUGUCAUUCAAUUCCUUGUCACGGUCAUCGUCUCUGAUCCAGUUUGAAUCGCUGGAGCGUCAAAUUCAAACGGGCGAUACAUUUGGUGGUUCAUCGCCAUUUCUCAAUAACUUAGCUCCGCCAACAGCAACAACAACGCCGCAAGAGACAAGCAACAAAGUUGUUGAAUUCAUUGCACCCAAAACCAACGAAAAUGCCCACGAUACGAACAAUACGUCGCGCAACUACUAUGACAUUGAGAAGAUCGAUUUUAAUUCGGCUCUAUUUUUAAAUUGUCAAGAACAGACAAGUUCAUCGGAGUCGAGUUACUCUACAGACAAUAGCAUUUACUAUUCGGAUAAUCAAACCGAAAUCGAAUUGGUUGCCAAAGACACACAACAACGUCAAACCCAAAAUGUAAAAAUGGCAUUUCGAAAUAAGAAUUCGGUUGAGAAUCUGAGUGAAGAUAGUGGCUACGGUGAAUUCCCAUCGAUAAAAUGCCGAUCGAAAAGCAUACCAAAUCUAAAUCAAGAUCAAUUAAUCGAAGAAGACGAAGAUUUGGAUAAUCAUCGUAGUCUAAAUAAUAUAAGUAACAGUCGUAAUUUAACGAAAGUCAAAAUAAAUAGUUGCACUGGCAUCAACGGCACGACAAAUAAUAAUAGUUCAAAAAUAAACACGAACAAUACCGAAAUACGGCGAACCGACGAAAAAUCAACGUUCGGUGUUUCCAAAAAUAACAGUCGUAACGAUCGGUGUGAUUGGAGUGAGCAUGUUUUUACAGCGCCAACAAAUACAAAUGGCGUCAGUAGUAAAAAAUCAGCUUCAUAUACAUCGUUGCAAAAUACACAAUCAGCCAGUUUGCCAGAUAUUUCAUCCCAUUUUGCUGACGAUUACGAUACCAACGAAUCGAUAUUCUACUGUGACACAACAAAUUCCAAUCGAAAAUCAAAACGAAAUACGGUGUGCGGUGAUUUAUUGAGUGAAACAGUAUCGUUGUUGCAAAAAGAUUCGUUUAAUGUUGCAAGUGUACCGAACAACUUAAAUAUAUUCGCGUCACAAUGUUCGAGCAAUGGUGAUUUCGAUGUUACAUCAAAUGACAACUGGAUAUCAAAGAACCCACGACACACUAUAAAUAGUCAUUGGCAAGAGCCGACCACAACAAAUGCCGAAAGCAUUGCAAGUCGUAAUUUCGAUUUGACAAGAACGUUUGGCGUUGUUGAUUAUCACUGUACAAUAACACCGCCGUCAUCAUCGUCACAACAAACAUUUCAACAGCAAAAGAUCAUCAAUUCAAGCUACAGCAAUUUAACACUAUUAGACUAUUCCGGAAGUACAAAAAGUAUACGUAAUCAAUUACGUGCAAUGGCAGAAAAUCAAAAACGACACAGCCUAUCAAGUAAUCGCAGCAGCAACGGCAGCAUCACAACCGGCAGCACUGAAUUUAGCAAAUGUAAUUUUUUGUUGGACGAAAUUUCAGCGCAUUUUGAUAAGAAUCUAUCGAUUUUAAAUGAUAAAGGCGAUUUCGAAGAUGAACCAGACAAUAUUUCGCAUUCAGUGAAAGAGUUAAUUGCACGUGAAAUAAAACCACCGCAACCGCCACCACGGCGACAACUGAAAAAAUGCGCAACGAAAAGUGAACGUGAUGCAAAAACCGAUUCAACAUUAUUGGAAAAAUCGAAUUACACUUUUGAUCGUGAUCCAACCAAUCUUAAAACAUGCUAUGCCGAAAGUUUGGAACGAUGCAAUGUCGACUUUCAAUCGUCAAACAGUAUAAAUUUGUUUGAAGACGAGACAACAUCAAAUAAUUUUAGCCCAGUAAAACAUUCAACGCCAGCUAAACGUGAAAUGGUCGCGAGUACACCGAAUUUAAUUCAACAUCGAUCGGAAUGUGUGGAAAGUGAUGAAUGUUUACAUUCAUCUAGCGCAUAUAAUUCCUUAAAUCCACUGCCACAAUCCGAAAUGCCACAAACGAAAGGCAUUCUAUCGGGCGGUUCAAGGAAUUCAUUGGGCAAAGGCGUCAGUUUUUAUCCCUAUGUCUCACAAAUCAGUUGGCUAGAACAAUCAUCCGCCGAAGAUGCGGCCGAAAUUAGUGAUAGUGAAAUCAGCGACAAUCAUAAUAAUAAGAGUUACAACGAUACGAGUAAUUCGUCAAGCAACAGUAACACCAGCAAUAUGAUUUUGCCAUCAACGGAACAAAUACAAUCAAAUAACGAUAGUGUAAACAAUAACAUAAGUUUAACUAAUACAUUGACUGGUCGCCCAACAGUCACGUCGUCAUCGUCGACGGCGACGACAACAACACAAAUAAAUACACACACAAAUGAGACGUACGACACUAAUGAUUCCAGUGUGGUAGAUAGUAGUGAUGAUGAUUUGUACUAUGAAACACAACCUCGAUCGUUGGCAGCAUUAGCCGAGCGAGAUAGACGUCGUGAGCAGCUGUAUCUACAGAAACUGGCGAAAAAGCAACAGAAAGAUCAACAACAACAACAUCAAAGUGUAAACACAAGCACAGAUCGUAAUGUUUUGGUGGACAGUCGAGACGGUAUGUCGAUUCAAGCGAAUGCAAUUGACAGCAGUUCAGCGAUGAUCGUCAAUGCGAACAGAGUGUCGGUUGAGUCAAAUAAUGUGAAUCGUAUUAGCUGUGGAAGUAAUGACAUCAACAAUCGUUUAAGUGCUGAACAAAAAUUAAACAACAACAACAAUAAAACAACGUCAAAUAAGAGUAAAAUUUCAUGCACAAAUUACCCAAAUAAUAAAACUGAUUUACGAGAAAAUUGUUCAAAUCGUAUAAGUGUUGGUGGUGGUGGUAGUGGUGUUGUAUUGCAAAACGGCAGUGGUGAUAGUGAAACCGAUAAUACAAUAAAUCAAAAACAACCAAUUAAAAUGGAAACCAACAAAUCGAAUGUGAGUGCUAUAAAUGUGCCAGUAUCAUCACCGCAAGCAACAAGUAAAAGUGCAUCAUUGCCCGCAAAAAUGAAUAAUUUUGAUAAGAAAUCAGCGCACAAACCGGGUUUCCUAUCACGUUUUACCAAUUUUCGAUUUUCAUUGCGUGGUAGCAAAAAGAAAUUAAAAUCACUAGAAAAUACACCAUCAAAUGCCACCAAUAAUAUUGUACUUGUGUCAACAAAGAGUGCUACCGCACAAAAUAAUAAUCAACACGGUGAAUCGGUCGUCGAUCAUGUACCUUUGCGAAAUAAAACCAAUAAUAAUAGCUCAAGAGCGGGUUGCUAUCAACGAAACUCAAUGCGAAGCAAUGAAUUCGAAUAUAUCCCAUUAAAAGAUCCGAUUGCUGUUGUAUUUGACACACCAAAUCAAACAAGUGAUAAAAAUGUGGGCAAUGUAACAACAAAUAACACCAGCACACCGAUAAAUGCAACGAAAAAUGCAACGAAGAAUUUCAAGAAUGAUAACAAUAACAGCACAUUUAUCGCCGCCGAAAAGAAAAAUAAUGUGGUAACAUCAAAGCCACCACUACCACGACAACCACCACGUGUAGUCGGUGUAUGCGCAAAACAAGCAUCCACAUUGAAUUCCACACAUCCAAGCUAUUAUCAGCAAAGCAAUAAUAAAGCGGCUACAUUGUCACAAUCGAAUCCACAACGUGAAGGAGUAAAACGUCAUGCGCAACAACAACGUUCCACAUCGGUGCCACCGCGCGAAAUCAAUUUUAACAGCCCAACUGAUAAUGGCAAGAAUUUCCAUUAUUUGGCAAACCACCAUCACGACGAUGAUGAUUAUCAGUUGCUUUCCAGUCGACAAACAAACGAGUCUUAUUCGCGUGGCGGUCUCUUAAAAGGUGCAGUUUCAAGUGAUGGUCUAUUGAUGGAUGUGAAUGAAAAUAGUUUUUGUACGGGCGACGAAGAUGAAGACGAUGAUAGUAAAAUCGGUCUCAUCGAAACGAAUCUCGACACCGACGAAACGAUUAUAUCGGGCAAAACGCGUAGUCUUAUGGAACUUGGUCCACAAAUGGCAAACCGUUCAAAUGGCACAGCGGCCAAUAUUCGCUUAGGUAAACAUGGUGCCAAAGGCAAUGAUCCAACUACAAUCGAACCACGACGACCACAUAAAAGCAUGGAAUUUUUAUUGGAUAAAGAAAAUCAACGUUUUGUUUUGCCGCCAGAAAAUGAGCUCCAAAAAUCGCACGACACCAAUACAAAUUACAGUGAGCAUCAAUUGCGUGUGCAAGCCUCAUUACAACGCUUGCACAUUCCCGAUUGGUUCAAACAGUACAGUACAGCUACAAAAACUGGUGAAAAUACCGGUGGCUAUGUGCCGGGCAGUUUUACCAAAAAACGCAACGCUGAUACGCAACGAUGGACUGGCCUUAGUUCAAAAACCACAUCACUCAGCUCAUUAGGAUCGCAUCGAUCUGAUCGUAGCCCAUUAUUGUUAAGCCCAUCAGCACAAAGUCAUCACGGUGGCCAUACAGGUUUUUCGCGUUGGUCAACAUCGCAUCUAAAUUCCAGUCAAACAUCACCAAGUGCUUCGACACGUGGCUCAUUCUCACGUGGCGGACCAAAUUCAAGCAUUUUAUCGAAUCAAUCGUAUGCAAAUAAUUCGAUACGUGGCUCAUUCAGGCAACCAUAUCUCGGAUGGAGAAGCCAAGAGAAAUUAUCACAACCACGAACGCCUCACGAACGCCUUGCAUCGUCGAUGUUAAGUCGUCAACAAACUAAACAGCAACCACAAACCCAGUCAAACAAUACGAAUGCGUUAAGUGCUAAAACUGCCACAGAGCCAGCUGUUUCACCUGAAAUUCAAACGUCAAUCAAAGAAGUUACAUCAGCUAUUGUGCAUUAUGUCAACGAUACAAAUAAUCGAACGACAUCGGGCAAUUCAAGAAGUCGAUCGGCCAGUCCCUCGUCUCGACACUGCUGGUUGGAGAGUUCAUUUGUUGGUAAUAAACCGAUGGAUUCACCGCAGACACCGGUUUUGGAUAGUUCGAUUGGCCUGUCAGCCACAUCUUCCCGUGUCAAUGGUGUUGAGUCACCAUUACCAGUACUAUCCAUUCAAAAUGAUCGGCCUUCGCACAGAGGUUCAGCAACAUUAGAAGAUGUUUUAGCAUCUUUAUUGGGCUUACCGUCAGAGUACAGGUCGUCCUCAGGAGAUACAAACGUAAUCAAUGAUAGCUGCCGUUUAACAAUCGAAGCGCAACCGUUGCGUCGUCGUAGCGAAAGUGAUGCCGCAAAACGUCCCGAUUCAACAGCUCCUGACAAUAAUGAUUUAACCGCUCAACUACGUCGUGUUAGCCUCGAUUCAACGGAAUCAAAAUCAGCCACCACCGCUGCCAUUUCAUCAGCAGAAAUGAUAAAAUGUCGAAAUCCAAAAUGUGAUGCAGCCGCCAAUGCAGCUGAUGCCAAACGAAAUUAUAAGAGUUGUCACAAUUGUACUCAAAUGUAUUGUUCACGUGAUUGUCGACGUGCACAUUGGGAAAAGCAUCGCAAAGCUUGCCUUCAUUCACGUGUGUCGGUGUUGUGCCGUCAAGUGUUGUCAGCUUGUAAAGAUGAUAAUGAUACCCUAUCCCACUUAUCGAUUUUGGCUCGACGAGGCUAUUUAACACAGGGCCGUGGUGUUGUUCGCAUAUUAUUUCGUAGUCCAGAGAGUGCUGAAGUAUUUGUUAAACAGGGUUUUCAACGAAUUGGUGAGGCGUCUUAUGUACGAUGGCCAGAGUUGAUGCCACAAGAAAUGGGCGCUGAACUAUAUUCGGAAUUACUUCGAUUGAGCACCGAAUACAAACCCGAUUCAAAAAUGUUAAUUUAUGUUGCAAUAUGUGUUGUAUCUGAAGCACCAAGCAGUGCAUCAUCGACAUCGGUCAAAUGGGAACGUCAACUCGUAUCGCGAUGUGCCAAACUAAAGCUAAGCAAAACAUUACCGAUAGAUUUGAUAGCCAAUAAUAGUGCAAAUACAAUGGCAAAUACAGGUCAUCAAAGAACAACAUCAAAUACAUCGAAUUCCAUAUCGGAUCCGUUGGCCACAAUUGGUAUAGCUGAACCAACACGUGUUUAUACCGAUGUUCUUAUUCUAACAUUUAAUAUGUGCGAUAAAACACAAAAUACACCAAAAAAUCGUGAACUCGUUCUACAAAAUAUGCAAUUGGCAUUGAAAAAACGUGGUGUUAGCCUGCGUAAACAUUAUCCGGAAAUAUUUCAGCGGCUUAAUUCAUUUGUCGAGGGUACAACGGAUCGUUUUAUGCCGGUUACGUUACAUCCACGCGAUUCAUCGACAGGCCAACCAUUCAUAUGCAUUAUGAUGCCAAAUCAUGGCGAAACCGAUCGUAUCAAAUUACCGGAAUCGGACAAAAUCAAUAUUGUUACCAUUGACUGCUUAGAAAUAGAUCAAAGCACAUUGAUUGAGUAAUUGCCAUGGAAAGCGGCACAAAUCGAACAUUCUAUAUAUAUAUAUAUAUCGAUCGUAUAUUGUUACAGAAGAAUUUAAAGAGAUAAAAAAUGAAAUGACCUACAUUCACAAAUUUAUAUAGAUGACAAAAUGAGCUCAAACUGCAGGAAAAGCAUAUCCAAAUAAUCGUCGUUACAUUUACAUAAGGAAAUAAAAAAAAAUAGUGUGUUAUAAGUGUGUUAGUCGCACGACCCGAACAUAAACUCGAACAGCCUUGAAUUAUAAGCGCGAAACACAUCCGUUACACUUAUUAAAUCAGGUUACAUUGUAAUAAUAUUUGUGGUACGAACUUUUAAUCAAAUGAGAUUAAAUUAUGAAGACGAGAACUAUGCAAAAUGUCGUUGAUUACGGGAAUAAUAAUAAUAAUAACAAAUGGCAAUGAUGUGGCGAUAGCGGCUCAGUUUUGAUGGUAUAUUCAAAAAGCCAAAUCAAAUGCGGCAAAUAAAUGAAAUUUAAAUUGAAUUCAUUGCAUUGGAUAGAAAAAAGACAGCAUGAAACCUCAUUGCGAAAACAAAUAGGUUUUCAAUAACAAUAAUAAUCGUUUUUUUGUAGAUUGAAACAAAAUAAAGUCAACUAAUCCACAGUUAAAUCUCCCCCCACACAAAUAUGUGAUUUAAAAUGUGAGUCUCUUCAAAUCUCUCGCUCAAUAACUAUGCAAACCAAAUAAAUUGGGCCAAAUAUGUAAUAUUCUGUCAACAUACACAAUCAAUUUUAUCCCGUCGCUCGCGUUCAGAUAUUUAUAAUCAAUAAUAAUCAUAAUCUGUACAGCAAAACCUGUAAAUUACGAAUGCAUAACACACAUACAAAAUGAGCUGAAACCAAACAAAAACUGAUUAGAAAAUAAGUAAAAUAUAAAAAAAUCCAUUUCGAAUUUAUUUCAAUCAGAGUUUUUCGAAUUUUAUUCAAAUUACAACCAUUGUAUCGAGAUUUACCUUUACCGCUUUGUUUUUAUUCUUGCCUCUUCUUUUUCUAUCUCGAUUAUUUACUCAAACAGUUUUUUCAAAUCUUAAUCACAAUUUAAAUAUCCUCUUCCUUCUCCUCGCCUUUUUGACUUGGAUGAAAAGUUGUGGGUCUAUUGAAUUCAUUCCAAUCAUAUCCAAAAAGGCCAUUUUGUACCCGUUCAAAUUUUUGACGAAUGUUCUAAUGUGCAAGGUGUUUUUUUUUUAUUUCAAACUUGACACGCAAUAUUAAAUGAGAGAGACUUUAGGCUUAUAUAUUCAAUAUGAACAAAUGUUUAGAUCAAUUCCCAAUGAAUUUUUUUUUUGUUCUCAAAUAUGAAAGCAACAUUUAAUGCUUUCGAUAAAGCUAUAUGGCCGGCAAGGUGAUUUGGCUGAAAAUGCGUACGUAAUAAAGAAAAUGUAUUUUCAAUGACUUUCGAGUUAAAUUAAGAGCAUUCUAAUGCUAAAUAUUUAUCUGAAUUUAAUAAUACUAUUAUCACAGGCAUUGUAUGUUGGCUUGAGGUGCGUUGGUAGCUCAAUUUUUCCAGCUAGAAUUUAAAAAAGCAAAUAAUAAAGAUAAAACAAUUUGCAUGAUUUAAAUUUGUACGGCGCCUUUCUAGCUAUAGAAAUUGAUACAUCACACCUCCUCGUCCAAUUAUCGACUUAACAUUAAAUUAUAAUAAAAAAAAAGCAAAUUACGAUAAAAAUUAUAUUUAUUACGAUAAAUGAUUAAUAAAUAAAAUGCAAAUAAACUAAGGGAUUAAUAUAAACGCUUGUUACAACCAACCAAAAAAAAAAUAUUCAAGAAAAAAAUUCUUAAAUUAUAUUAGAUACCAAAAAUUAUAACGACCAACUCGAGUCAACUCAAAUAAGAUUUGUUAGAUGAUUUGAAUUUUUGUGUAAUUUUUGAAUUUCUCAUUUGAUUGCCUUCCAAAAACUGUUAAGUUUUUUCUUUGUGUGGUAAAAAAAAUGCUUUGACUAAUUAACUUACAUCAUUUUUUGAAAUAAGUGAAAGAGUGUGACGAAAACCAUUGAAAUUUACUUUUUUACCAAAAUAUCGGAGCUGGCUUCGCACAUAUUCAUUUUGCUUUAAAUUGACACUUGCGUUAUUGAGAACCAUUUUGUUGCCAACCAAAAAUGCGAUUGCGAAAGAUAAUUUUAUUGCAUGUUUGUUGUAGUUUUAAUCAAAAUAUAGCAAAAUUCAAAGAAAAUAUACGUUUUUUGUUAUAAAUCAAAAAUUUCGAGCGCUUAUA